AUGAUGCAAGCUCCGGUAAUGGUUCUCAACACCAACACAAAGCGUGAGACGGGCCGCACUGCGCAACUGGGCAACAUCGAAGCAGCUAAAGCCGUGUCUGACAUUGUGCGCACGACGCUGGGUCCACGCUCAAUGCUCAAGAUGCUGCUAGACCCAAUGGGUGGUAUUGUCAUGACGAACGAUGGCAAUGCUAUUUUGCGUGAGGUGGACGUGGCCCACCCAGCAGCCAAAAGCAUGAUAGAGCUCAGUCGGGCACAGGAUGAGGAGGUGGGCGAUGGCACCACGUCCGUCAUCAUCCUGGCGGGCGAGCUGCUGCUCGUAGCCGAGCCGUUCCUGAGCCACCAAGUGCACCCAACCGUGAUCAUCCGCGGCUUCAACCGCGCACUCAGCGCGUCGCUGGAGAUCGCCAAGACGUUGGCGCGUGGCAUUGACAUUGAAAACAAGGAGGACAUGCGCAACCUAGUACAGUCAUCCAUUGGCACCAAGUUUUCCCCUCGGGUGGGCAAUUUGGUGAGUGACUUGGCACUGGACGCCGUGCUGACAGUUGUGCGCACGUCGGUGUCUGGACGCAAGGAGGUGGACGUUAAACGGUACGCCAAAGUGGAAAAGAUCCCGGGGGGAGAACUCGAAGACAGCCGUGUCUUGAAAGGCGUCAUGUUCAACAAGGACGUGACCCACUCGAAAAUGCGUCGACGCAUUGAAAACCCGCGCGUUCUGCUCCUGGACUGCCCGCUCGAGUACAAGAAGGGUGAGAGUCAGACAAACGUGGAGCUCACGAACGACCAAGACUGGAACACACUACUGCGUCUGGAAGAGGAGUACAUUGAGAACUUGUGUGCACAGGUGGUCGCUAUGAAGCCUGACGUGGUUGUCACGGAGAAGGGCGUGUCGGAUCUGGCCCAGCACUACUUUGUGAAGGCGGGUAUCACCGCUUUCCGUCGUCUGAGGAAGACGGACAACAACCGCGUGGCUCGAGCUACUGGCGCGACAAUUGUGAGCCGCGCAGAUGAGAUACAGGAGUCGGACAUCGGCACCAAGUGCGGCCUCUUCGAGGUGCGCAAGCUCGGUGACGAGUACUUUGCGUUCUUCGAGGAGUGCAAGGACCCUGGAGCAUGCAGCAUCCUGCUGCGCGGUGGUAGUAAGGAUGUGUUGAACGAGAUCGAGCGCAACUUGCAGGAUGCCAUGCAGGUGGCGCGCAACGUUGUGUUUGAGCCGCUGCUACUGCCGGGAGGCGGCGCGACGGAAAUGCGUCUCGCGCACGAACUCAAGAAGCGCGCUGACGAGAUCGAGGGUGUGGAGCAGUUCCCGUUCCGGGCAGUCGGUGAGGCCCUGGAGGUCAUCCCUCGCACGCUGCUGCAGAACUGUGGUGCCGACGUGGUGCGCGUGAUGACGUCGCUGCGUGCUAAGCAAGCCGAGACGGACGAGUCGUACGGUGUGGACGGUGUGACAGGUAAGGUGACGCCGUCCGAGGAGCUAGGCGUGUGGGAGCCCUUCCAGGUCAAGACCCAGACCAUUAAGACAGCCGUGGAGGCGGCGUGUAUGCUGCUGCGUAUCGACGACAUUGUGUCAGGUCUGACCAAGAAGAAAAAUUAG